CCUGUGUGGAGCUGGAUGGAACAUUCCUCCUCCCCCUGUUGUAAAUGGUAUGGUCCGGAGAGCGUCUCGUCGUCAUGGCAGCAGAAGAAGCGGAGAAAGGACCUAAUCGCGGGGCUGCGGCAUGGCUGGAGUGUCGGGGGGCGCUGACCCUGUGGGCCGCCUUCUGGUUCAGGUUCAGAAUGACUUGGAACACUUAAAGAAGAAACUGGUGCGCACAAGUCAAGAGAAUGGCGUUACUGUGGAUGUGCAGCACCUGGAGACUGCUAUUCAAAGGACCGAACUGGGAUUAAAGAAGCACACCCAGGACUACCUGAAUUACGUCAGCUGCAGCCCAAUGACCAUUGUGCAGGACAACAAGGAGAAGUAUCCACCACAUGUCUAUAAAUGGGCUCCUCAAUUUGAAGCUGCAAAACUCAACCAGAAACCACUUGUGCCAGAUGUACAAGAUACUAGAGCAAAUGCUUCAGCAAGACAUACAUCACCGGGACAGCAGCACAAGCUGACCCGGAGCACACGCAUCGUAUGUAACCCCGAGAACGUGACUCACCGCGACCUGCUCAGCCAGAGCUAUGGGAUCAGCCUGCCCCUGAUCAGCUGCAAACCAAAAACAUCUGUGCCUAUUGAGAGGAUUGCCAGAGGCCCCACUGUCAGUCAUCUGUCGGUACUACCAGCCUCCCAUCGUAUGGACGCCUCUCUGCCUCCACCACCGGUGCAUGAAAAAGACAUGCAGAAAGGAAUCCUGAGUCUGAUACAGAGAGGCCUUAUUCCUCCAGCCGCUCGUCUUACCUUGGUCCCUCCUGCUAUAAAGCCACAAUCUCUGGCCCUGCAUGGUCCCCAUGCGAGAAGAGCAGCCGCACUUACACAAGGCAAAGCCAGAAAUUCUAUCAAGACAGAAGACCAUUCUUUUGAAGCCGACCACAUCCAGGAGAACGCUUACAGCCACUUUGAUGAUUCUGAUAGUCAGCUACCAGAAAGUGGUCUGGAGACACCUUCAACACCUCAUAACGUGUCAGCCAAAACUACAAGAACAUCUACAAAUGCAUUGCGGAGGGAGCAGCAGGGCUACAUAUCUCCAGAGUCACAGGAUUCAUGGGCAUUGUCUCCAGUUACUCCAGACACUGGCCACUGUUUCACCAUCCAUAACGGUGUAAUUGAUCCCAAAGCUGAAGACUUCCUAGCCUUUAACCAGUAUUACUGCCUCAGCUGGGGCAGUUUUACGACCUUUUUGGAGAGCUUACAGAGGUUACUCCAGGACUAUGCCAUACCUAUGGCAGUGAUAAAUGGAGACAAGAUGAGAGCAGCAACACUAGAUCAAGAGCUGGGUAGGACACCAUCCGUAUCCCAGCUUCUGUCUGUGCUAGAAAACAGAUCUUGGGUUCAGAAACUCAUGGGGCGAACUGGACAGCGUUAUAAGGGAAGAGAUGGGAAGGAGGCAGCCGCACGGAAGGUCCAGGCCACAUGGCGAGGCUACAGAGAGAGAGUGGCGUAUCUAGCUUAUCGACGGCAGAGGUGGGCCGCCGGCGUUCUUGCAAUUGCUUGGCUCCUGCAUGUACAAAGAUCCCGUGUAAAGAAGAUGCUACAAGAGUCCAGUGAACGUCACUUACAGAACUUCCGAACCCGAGCCAAGCAUCUGGCAUCCAACUGGAAUCACAUCAGGACGUGCAGGAGGAGCAUUAUCCAUAUCCCAUCAUUAGGCUAUACGGAAAAGCAGAGAACUCGAACCCACGACCUGCAUAUCCAGCAGAACCUGCAGAUAGGGCGACUGUGCGACAUAACAGACCCCAACGUGGACGUCAUCUAUAUUUCCCCUGUGAAAGUGGAUGCGGAGACAGAGCCAUAUUACCGCAAGCUUCUCGGUCUGCGGGCAGCAGUAUUAUCUGGGAACCCCCAGGAUGCCAGCGAGCUGCAUGACCGAUUUACCAUCCUCACCCCUGAGGCUGUGGACACAUUCCCUAACCAUCACAUGUGCCUUUCCACUCUACUCAAGUACAGUCCAAAGACCUUGCACCGUAUUCGGAACUUGACGCAAGGGCGGGAGACCUACAUUGUUGGAAGAGUCCCCCAUACUGAUGAUUUGGCCGUGGCAGAAAUGCUUGGUGUCCCUAUCCUAGGCACUGAGCCCAAAGUGACACACCUCUAUAGCACCAAGUCUGGAAGUAAGCGCAUCUUUGCAAGUGCCAACAUCCCCACUCCGCCAGGAGAAUAUGACAUCUAUAACCAAGAACAGUUCUUCAGUUCUCUGAGCCAACUUAUAGUCGAUAAUCUGCUGGUGACCCGCUGGUUAUUCAAAGUGGACCAUGAAUUUGGCAGCAACGGGACCGCUUUUUGUGACAUCGCUGCCCACCUUCCAUGUUAUGCCUGGGCAGUGAAAGAGCGUCAGCAGUACAAGGGUGAAACCUGGAAGCAGAAGUGGGUACAGGAAAAGGUUCUGCAGAGGAUUGCGCAGGAACUGCCACCGAUCUUGGAACACUAUGCACAGCCGGUGAACAGAAACCAUUAUCCAACAUGGGACAAGUUUCUACAAGCAUUAGUGAGCCAAGGAGGAAUUAUUGAGGCUUUCCCACCAGCAGAGAGUAUUACCUGCCUUACUAUAGAUCUACUGAUCAACCCAGAUGGAGAAAUCCAGAUGUUGUCCUGCGGGGACCAGAUUCACAGUUCAAGCCCAUUGCAGUGCGUAGGGAGCUCCGUCCCACAGUGCUCAGUGGCCCCUGAUAUACUGACGUCAAUGUGCCGUGGUAUUGGAGAGGCCUGCAAAACCCGUGGUGUACUUGGAUACUUGUCUGUAGAGCUAGUAACAUUCAUAGACCCUCAAAGCCUUGAGCAACAGAUAUGGGCAACAGACUUAGACUUGUGUUACAGUGAUCAACUAGCAAUGACCCAGCUCCUGCUCUACCUCACCAAUGGGACACUAGAUUGUAGAAACAGCCGCCUGACUGUGCCAGCUCCGCCAAAGAAAGUGGGACGCUCCAGACACAAAGCUCAACCAGCAGAGACUAUGAUUUUAGACCGAGUUGCCGUUCUCAGCACACGCUUGGUUCACACAAACCUUUCGCUUGUCUAUUACAAUGUCUUCUUCCAGAUGUGUAAAGCCCAUGGUAUUGGUUAUGAUGUGAAGGAAAAAGAAGGGACAGUGUUUGCGCUAUUGGAAAACCAGAAAAGGCAUCGCAUAGGAAUGAUGAGCAUAGCUGAGGACCUCCAGGGAGCAUUGAUGACCUUUGCACGCAAUCUGUUCAUCAUCCAUCAGGAAAUAUCAGCCCCUAACAUGCAGGGAGAAACUAAUUUCAAGGAAACAGUGCAGGAAAUUGAAUCAAUUCUUGGAGUUACAGAAGAAAAUAAACUGAAAUUUGAAGAAUAAUGUUAGCCCUCUAAACCUAAAGUUCAGUGAUGGACUAUCCUCACUCCAAGGUCAACUGUGACGGGAAACGAUUACGGAAGAAAGAGCAUAUUAACCAGCACUUAAUCCAGAUUAUGGAGCAGAUCAUUCUAUUUUAAUCACCAUUGACAAUGUAUAUGUAGUUAACAUAUAAUUGUAUUUUCUUUAAUCUGGUACAAGGUGGGUAUUAGGUAAAUCCUAACUAACAAGGGCUGGCUUUCUAGGUUAAAUAAGGACUAUACUUAGCACAGAAAUAAACGUGCAAGCCGACAACAUGCAUGGACAUCCUUUUUGGAAUCAACUGGACUGUAUAAUAAAGGUGUAU